UUUUUAAUAAUUACUUUCUACAAAUAAAGAUAAGGAUAAAAUAGGUAUUUCAACAAAAUCAUUAACCAUAGGACAAGUGUCAAACAUUUAUUAGUGGGGAACUCCAUAUCAGCAGAUGUGCGGGUACCAGGAAAAAUUUCUCCACAAUCACCCUCUCAUUUCCUUCAUUUCCUUCUUCCAAUUCCCUUUCCCCUGGACGAUUCGCAUGGACAAGAAACGCAGACUGCAUGAUCAGAAAAAUGGCGGUGAUGAAAGUCCUUGUGACGUUGACGACUCUGGCUUUCUUGAAGAACAAGAAGAGGAUGGCGACGACGACAACAUUGACACAGAAGAUCGGUAUGAGUUGGUUGACACUUGUCAGUCGAAAACCCUACAUUACACUGUUUUGAAUGAAGAAGAGAUUCGCCAAAUUCAAGAGGAUGAUAUCAACAAAGUGUCUGAUGUCAUUUCCCUACCGAAAUACGCCGCAUGCUUUCUUCUCCCUCACUUCAAUUGGAAGGUUAGUAGGGCUAACGAGGAGUGGUUUUUGGACGAGGAUAAAGUCCGCGAAAAGGUAGGGUUAAUGAAAAAAACAGUGGUUCAAUUCAAUGCCAGAGAUAUAAUUACUUGUGGAAUAUGUUUUUAUGAAUAUGCAUAUGAAUGCGAAAGUGUUUCGUCUACUUUUUGCGGUCAUCCUUUUUGUCGAAAUUGCUGGACAGGUUACAUUCGCACUUCAAUCGAUGACGGUCUUGCGUGUUUGAUGCUGAAAUGUCCUGAACCGCCUUGUGGCGCAGCUGUUGGUCCGGAUUUAAUCGGCGUAUUGACAACCCGGGAAGAUUAUGAGAGGUAUAAACACUUCCUUUUAAGAUCCUACUUUGAGGGUCAUAGGAAGAUCAAGUGGUGUCCUGCUCCUGAUUGCUGUUAUGCUGUUGAGUACAACGGCAAUGCUGAUGAUGAUGAUACCGGGAUGAAUGGUAGUUAUGACGUUACAUGUCUUUGCUCAAACAGUUUAUGCUGGAAUUGUUGUGAGGAGAUUCAUCGUCCUGUAAACUGCAGGACGGUGGGAAAGUGGAUUUUGAAGAACAAAGACGAUUCACAUAAUGUGCAGUGGAUACUAGUGAAUACCAAGCCUUGCCCCAAGUGCAAAAGACCGAUUGAGAAGAACCAAGGGUGUAAUACUAUGACCUGCAGACCACCUUGCUAUUUUAGAUUUUGCUGGUAUUGCCUCGAGCCAAAUGUAAUGUAUGGGUGUUGCAAUCGAUAUGUUUACCAUCCUGUUGUUGACAGUGAAGCUGAGAGUGAUAAAAAGAAGGCAAAGAUAUACUUGGGGAGAUACAUUCAUUAUUACGAACGAUGGGCAAACAAUCGGUAUUCGAAGCGAAAAGCUAUUGAGGAUUUACAUAAGGUGCAGAGUACGCAAUGUAAACUGGAGUGUCAGCUCAGGUUCAUUGUAGAGGCAUGGCAACAGAUCAUUGAAAGUAGGCAGGUGUUGCAAUGGACUUACGCGUACGGCUACUUAAUUCCGGAGGAUGAGCGUUUCAAGGUGCAGUUCUUCGAACACUUGCAAGGCUAUGCGGAGUUUAGCCUGGAGAGGCUUCACAAAUGUGCAGAGAGAGAGGAGAGAGAGGUGAAAAAGUUAAUCUAUGCUGAGGGCCCUCCAGAAAGUUUCCAGGAAUUCCGUUUAAAGCUCAUAGGACUGACGAAGGUGACCGGGAACUAUUUUGAGAAGCUGGUUAGAGCGUUGGAGAAUGGCCUUCCAGAGGUGGACAAUGCCUCUGGGAUUAAUUGACAAGCAUUGACCUUGAGACCAGUGUAACAAUUUGGAUGGAUUUCCCUUCCUUCCGGCGGGUUCUGCGUUUGAGCUAUGCGAAUGAUGUGUUCACGCUGCUUAUAAUCUCAGAAGAGGAAAGUAAUUGUAGUUGUAGGAGGUAGUACAAAGCUUUUGUUGGCUAAUCCUUUUACAUGAGACUUUUAUAUCCAAGUAUUCAAAAUAAAUAAGCAAUCAUCAUAUGUGGUCCGAUUGCAAUAUAUGCAUAUCGUGAUGCGUUCA